UUUUCAACCCAGUUGAAUUUAUAGUGGGUGUCAGUUGAGAAAAAUGACUAGACAAGUCUCAAUCGUUUUAGGAGAUUUAUUUGCCAAAGUUAAGGACUCUAGAGAUAGGUCUACACCUUUCUCUGAAGAUGAUUCUGAGGUCUCCAAAUUUAAAGGGGAAAGGGUAGGAUAUUGAGCAAGUAACAAUUUUCAUGUAAGAGGUGGGUAGGGAAAAUAUUCAUGCCUUCAUCUAGCUCAGUGAAUCUGCAUCUUUUACAUAAGGUGACAUAAAAGGGGCAGAGGAAAAAAUGGGGGAGAUCUGCAUUUUAUAUAAGAUAACAGACAAAAUGGGACAGGGGAAGAAUUAGAUAUGCAUUUAUGUCUGGUAGGUAGGGAUGACUGCACCUGUAAAGAUAAACUAUCAAUUGGCAUUGCCACGGUGAAAUUCACUAGGAAUUUCCUUGCGGGCAAAAUGUGGGGGAAAUAUGUAGCUUUUCAUCUUCUAGCCAUCUUAUUUAGGAACCAAAAGUGGGAGGCAGGUUUGUAUGACUCAGUUCCAGCUUGACUUUUUUCCCCUUCGGCUAAAUGAGUUUCGGUUCCCAAAAUUUAAUUUCCUCUCACAUUUCCCCUCUUUUUUCUUUAAAAUAUUUUGGAGAAAGCAUUUUAAAAGGAAUACUGUUUCCUGGCCUCAGGUUGGUUUUUCCUCUCUUUUUUUGAGGUGCUUUCUUGUUGCUAGGAUGGUUUAUUCCUAGAAGUUCAGGUCCCAAGUCGCUAGGAAGGCACAUUUCUAGUAAGUCAUGUUCCAUGAAGAUUUUAAAAAAUAGGAAGAAAGAAGUAAAAAAGGCAAGGUAAAAAGAGAGAAAAAAUAUAGGGACCUAGGCCAGAUUUAUAGCAACAAAAGAAAAUCAAAUCUGGAAACUGGCUCAGGCUAUAUUACUGGCUUCUCAAUUAGAACAAUUCUCUAGGCAGUCAUUACCCUAGCCCUUUCAGUUGUGCAUUGACGUAUAUGCAGGCACAUACCAUAACAACAUUGUAAGCAGAAACAGGACACAACACAUACUAUUAAUCCUUUUAUAAGCAAUUAUAACCUGCCACCAGGUUCCCCAGGAUCCAAACUAACUAGUCAACCAAUUGAUUAACGAAAGUUUUGGAUCUGACAGGUUGGUUAUCUAGGUUUUCAUAUCAUUCAUAAGUCAGGGUAUAUUCUUCAAUUCUUCUGGAAUAUAAACACAACAUUCAGUUUUUAUGAUGGCCCAGGUCCUACUUUGUGCUCCCAUGAGUGUAUCUAAAGCCAUAAAGUUUUUCAGCACAGCUUUCCUCAUAAGCAGGACCUCAUUGUUUAGCAAGGACAUACUCAUGCAGCUGUCAUUCAGGGCCUUUUGGGUGUAAUUCAUCAAAGGCUCUAUAUGCCGUAUAACAUCUUCAAUACCUAUCUGUGAUACAAAGACUGAAGCUAAGUGGUCAUACCAUUGGAAUACCAAACGUGUCCAACAAGAUUGUAAAUGAAAAAGGUUUGCUGGUUUUGGCAGGGUCUGAAUUACUUGUCCUGUGCCCAAGCAUAACCUAGGGAACAUUGUCUUAACCAGUGUGGAAGUAACCACAGCCAUAAGUUAGUGCCACAUGGCCAACUGUUGCAUUUGAAGCUAGGCAAUAAAUACCUGGUCAUUGCACCCAAUUGGUGACAUGCCAUUCAGUGUCUUAUAAUAUGAUAGUGUGGUCACAGUGUUCUCCAGCUAUUCACCCCAUGUCUCUCAUACUGUUUGGGCAUAGGUUCUUGAUGUGAUUUCUUUGCUCCCAACACAAAGCAUUUUGGCUGAGUUGGCCAAAUGAAGGGGUGAGCCAGAUAAAUCCAUCCCAAAUUUGCAUUAUUCCAUUUUGAUAAUGGGCCAUUGUUUGGGGCAUGGUUACCACCUUCUGUUUUAGUUGGAGAGGAUGCUAAAGUGAGAGCUAAUUAGCUGGUCCUUUCCAUUGAAAAGUUUUUCCCAUGUCCCUUGUUCUUAAGAGAGUUUUUAAUGGGCCAAUUAUGUAUGUUGUCUUUUGUUAUGCCAGCACUAAGAAUACCAGACCAUUGCUGUGAUGUAAUAGAGUUUUGACAUUCUAUCUAGUCCUGACCUUGGAAGGGGGAUACCCACCAUGGCAGGAUGGAGCCACUGGAAAGAGGCAUGAAUCUACCUAUCCAGCAGGUGUCCUCCUGUAAUCUGUCUGCAUAAUCCUGAGCGCAUUGUAGAAACUGCAUUAUUCAUGGAAACAACUUAAAUAUCCAUCAGCAGAUAAAUUGUUAAAGAAAAUGUGGUAUAGACAUACAAUGGAAUAUUAUUCAGCCUUAAAAAAAAACAAACAAAAAGGAAACCCUGCCAUGUGUAGCAACAGAUGAACCUUGAAGGCAUUAUGAAACUGCUGUGUUACAGAAAAGCAUGUGACUUUCAGAAUAAUCCCGAAUGAUGAUGAGUCCAGAUGUGCCUCUACUGAAUGAUUACAAGCAGGACUUCUUUCUGAAGCGCUUUCCACAGACUGUUCUUGGAGGCCCUCGAUUCAAAUUAGGCUAUUGUGCCCCUCCUUACAUAUAUGUUAAUCAAAUUAUUCUCUUUCUAAUGCCAUGGGUUUGGGGUGGAGUUGGAACACUUUUGUACCAGUUAGGCAUCCUGAAAGAUUAUUAUACAGCAGCACUUUCAGGUGGAUUAAUGCUUUUUACUGCAUUUGUCAUCCAGUUCACAAGUUUAUAUGCCAGAAGCAAAUCAGCAACAAUAGAAAGAAUACCAACCAUGAAUGUCUUAGCAGAGGAGGAUGAGCAUGAAUUUACAAGUUGUGCUGGUGCUGAGACUGUCAGAUUUCUAAUUCCUGGCAAGAAAUAUAUACCCAAUACAGUUUUUCAUUCUGUUCUUGCUGGAUUAAUAUGUGGUCUUGGAACAUGGUAUCUGCUCCCAAAUAGAAUAACCUUGCUGUAUGGCAGUAUAGGAGGCACUACUCUACUGUUCUUCUUUGGAUGGAUGACAUUAUGUAUAGGAGAAUAUUCAUUAAUUGUAAACACAGCUACAGAGACUGCAACUUUUCAAACAGAGGAUACUUAUGAAAUUACUCCUCUUAUGAGACCGCUUUAUAUUUUUUUCUUUGUUUCUGUGGAUCUGGCACACAGGUUUCUAGUAAAUAUACCAGCUCUAGAACACAUGAAUCAGAUUUUACACAUCUUGUUUGUGUUUUUACCCUUUUUGUGGGCACUUGGGACUCUGCCCCCUCCCGAUGCACUUUUCUUAUGGGCAAUGGAGCAGGUUUUAGAGUUUGGCCUUGGAGGCUCAUCUAUGUCAACCCACUUACGGUUAUUAGUAAUGUUCAUCCUGUCUGCUGGAACAGCUAUAACAUCAUAUUUCAUUUCAAGCACUGUUGGUGUGGUUCUCUUCAUGACUGGAUUUGGUUUCCUGCUGAGUCUGAACUUAAGUGACAUAGGUCACAAAAUUGGAACCAAAUCUAAGGAUUUACCCAGCAGUCCAGGAAAACAUUUUAUAUGGAAGGAAUGCCUUUUCUACAUCAUUAUUUUAGUCUUGGCUCUUUUAGAAACUAGUUUGCUUCAUCACUUUGCUGGCUUCUCACAGAUUUCCAAAAGCAGUUCCCAGGCUAUUGUGAGCUAUGGUUUGAUGAUAUUACUUAUCAUACUGUGGAUACUUAGGGAAAUUCAAAGCCUGUAUAUCUUUGGAAUUUUCCGAAAUCCUUUUUAUCCAAAGGAUGUCCAAAUUAUGACUGUAUUCUUAGAGAAGCAAACCAGGCUCAUGAAGAUUGGUAUUGUCAGACGGAUUUUGCUAACUUUAGUAUCACCUUUUGCUAUGAUAGCAUUUCUUUCAUUGGACAGUUCCUUACAAGGGCUCCACUCAGUGUCUGUCUCUAUUGGAUUCACAAGAGCUUUUAGAAUGGUAUGGCAGAAUACAGAAAAUGCUUUAAUAGAGACAGUUAUUGUAUCAACAAUACACUUGAUCUCCAGUGCAGACAUAUGGUGGAACAGAAACCUGGAUACAGGAAUCAGACUCUUACUGGUUGGUAUCGUACGUGAUCGUUUGAUUCAGUUCAUCUCUAAAUUGCAGUUUGCUGUGACUGUUCUUUUGACAUCAUGGACAGAGGAAAAACAACGUCGAAAAAGAACUACCACCUUAUGUAUUCUCAACAUUGUCUUUUCUCCAUUCGUCUUGGUCAUCAUAGUUUUUUCUACACUACUCUCUUCUCCCUUACUCCCCCUUUUCACCCUUCCUCUGUUCUUGGUGGGGUUUCCCCGACCUAUACAGAGUUGGCCAGGAGCAGCAGGCACCACAGCCUGUGUGUGUGCAGAUACAGUGUACUACUACCAAAUGGUCCCCAGGUUGACUGCUGUGCUGCAGACUGCAAUGGCAGCUGGAAGUUUAGGUCUCCUCCUACCUGGAUCUCAUUACUUGGGCCGUUUUGAGGAUCGUUUAAUAUGGAUAAUAAUUCUGGAAUGUGGCUAUAGUUACUGCUGUAUUAACAUUAAGGGGUUAGAAUUGCAGGAAACAUCCUGUCAUACUGCAGAAGCUCGCAGAGUUGAUGAAGUUUUUGAAGAUGCUUUUGAGCAAGAAUACAUAAGAGUACGUUCUCUUAAUAAGCACUUUGGAAAUGUCUUGACACCCUGUACUAUUUUGCCUGUGAAAUUAUAUUCUGAUGCCAGGAAUGUUCUAUCAGGCAUAAUUGAUUCUCAUGAAAACUUAAAAGAAUUUAAAGAUGACCUCGUUAAAGUACUUGUGUGGAUACUUGUUCAGUACUGCUCCAAAAGGCCUGGCAUGAAAGAGAGUGUUCACGACACUGAAAAUAAAGAGAAAGGACCUCUAAUCUUGCCUGCUUUGAAAACUUCACUGCCUCCCAAAUCCGCAGAAGACAUAGAUAGUUUAAAUUCAGAAACUUUUGAUGACUGGUCUGAUGAUAAUAUUUUUGAUGAUGAGCCAACUAUCAGAAAAGUAAUAGAAGAAAAACAUCAGUUGAAAGAUUUGCCAGGUACAAAUUUGUUUAUCCCAGGAUCAGUAGAAUCACAGAGGGUUAGUGAUCAUUCUACAGGCACAGUUCCUGAAAAUGAUCUUUACAAAGCAGUUUUUUUAGGAUACCCUGCUGUUGACAAAGGAAAACAAGAAGACAUGCCAUAUAUUCCUCUCAUGGAGUUCAGUUGUUCACAUUCUCACUUAGUAUGCUUACCUGCAGAGUGGAGGACUAGCUGUAUGCCUAAUUCCAAAAUAAAGGAGAUGAGCUCAUUAUUUCCAGAAGACUGGUAUCAAUUUGUUUUAAGGCAGUUGGAAUGUUUUCAUUCAGAAGAAAAGGCUUCAAAUGUACUGGAAGAAAUUGCAAAGGACAAAGUUUUAAAAGAAUUUUAUGUUCAUACAGUAAUGACUUGUUAUUUUAGUUUAUUUGGAAUAGACAAUAUGACUCCUCGUCCUGGUCAUAUAUUGAGAGUUUACAGUGGUGUUUUGCCUUGGUCUGUUGCUUUGGACUGGCUCACAGAAAAGCCAGAACUGUUUCAACUAGCACUGAAAGCAUUCAGGUAUACGCUGAAACUAAUGAUUGAUAAAGCAAGUUUAGGUCCAAUAGAAGACUUUAGAGAAUUGAUUGACUACCUUGAAGAAUAUGAACGUGACUGGUACAUUGGUUUGGUAUCUGAGGAAAAGUGGAAGGAAGCAGUUUUACAAGAAAAGCCAUACUUGUUUUCUCUGGGGUAUGAUUCUAACAUGGGAGUUUACACUGGGAGAGUACUUAGCCUUCAAGAAUUAUUGGUCCAAGUGGGAAAGUUAAAUGCUGAAGCUGUUAAAGGUCAGUGGGCCAAUCUCUCAUGGGAGUUACUUUAUGCCACAAAUGAUGAUGAAGAACGUUAUAGUAUACAAGCUCAUCCACUACUUUUAAGAAAUCUUACAGUACAAGCAGCAGAUCCUCCCCUGGGAUAUCCAAUUUAUUCUUCAAAACCUCUCCAUAUACAUUUGCAUUAAAGCUCAUUUUGACUUGUCAUGUCAUCACAUUGCAAAAUUUUUAUUUUUUUCAUUCUAAAAAGUAACUGUGGUUUUUGUAACUUUCAUAAGACUUCACCCCACCCCAUUCAGAUGCCUGAGAACAGCUAAGAUCCAUAAAGUUGGUUCCCUUAGCCAUCUUAAUGGUUUUAAAAAGCAACAAAAUCAUCUUUUUGUCUAACAUAAAAGUAUAGAACUAUUUGGCUAUUAUUUGUGCCCUCUGUACUUUAGUAGGCUUUGGUAAAAUAUGAUAAAACAUUUGUAUAAUCAUUACAUAAUGAAUUGUUUAAUGCUUUCUUAAAUGUGUGAUAGGUGACUUGCCAUACUAAGUUAACAGCUAUGUAAUUUUUACAUACUUAAAAGAUAUGCAUAUCAGUGUUCUAAGUAAUGAUAAUGGAUCCUGUUCAAGGUUAACAUAAUGUAUAUAUAUUUGUUUGAAAUAUAUUUAUAGUGUUUUCCUAUGUGCUGUUUUAUCAUCUAAUAUUGUCUGAAUGUUUUUAUACAAAGCAUGUACUUUCCUUUCAUAGACUUCAGUUCACAAAUAUCCUUUUCAAGUAUCCUUUUGACAUAUGUGAAAGGAGCAGGGUUUAUCCUAUUUAUCAUGUGAAUGUUCACAGGAAGAGCAAUGUUAGGGUAAUCUGCAUAUGACUACUAGAGCAUAGAUCUGAAUCAUUAUAUAUUUCUUUCAACUGAAUUUACUGCUUCUGAAAAAAUGAUUUACCCAACAGGACUACCAAUCACUAGUUUCUUAAGGGAUAUGAACUAAAGUCAGAAGGAGAUGAGAAGAAAAUUUUUAUAAUGUGAUCUGAAUUUUAUUUACAUUCUCUUCUUGCUUAGGAACCUUUUACAUAUACAUGUAAGGGGGAUUAACAAUGAAUCUGCAUCAGUUGAGAGAUCACAUUCUCUAGUUCUUACUUAAUUUCCAAUUAAAUCAAUAGGAGCCCCCUAGAUUUGUAAUAGAGUAAUGCAUUCUCUUUAGAAAUCGUGCAAGUUAUAUGAAAUGUACCAGUUAAACUGUUAAUAUUCCAUUUAGUAUGUGGACCAAUUCACCCUAAUAAUGUUAAAGGAUAACUUUUUGGACCAUUUUUCAGAUAAUGAAUUCAAGAGAUCUGUAUGUUUACCUUUUUUGGGGGGGGUAAUAUAGUUAUUAAGAUUUUGUAUUACUCUGAGUUCACAUCUCAGACUUAUGAUUUAAUUUACAUAAUUGAGAUUUACUAGCUGUACACCUUUGUAUCUUCAUCAUGUAGAAAUAUUUUCUCAUGUCAUUAAAAGUACUUCAUAAUUA